UCAGCCGGGUGAAGAGCGCGAGCGCACGCCAGUUGAUGUUCGCGCGCCGCGAGGAAGACACAUCCGCGCUCUCGCAGUGAACGUUUCAGUGCACUUGGUAUAAACCGUGGACCGUGAUACGAGCUGGUGAUUAUAUCCAAGGAAUAAAGUCGGAUGAAAAGGUAGACCACCUGAGAAGAAAACAACAUGAGGUUCUCGGCGAGGUUACAGUUGCUGACUUGCCUGGUGCUGUACGCGUCAUGCGCACACGCAAUCAUGGUGAAGUUCGGCACGAAGGACGGGCCCAUCGAGCCACCGCCGCCGGAGCGGCAGCUGCCGCCAGUGCAGCCUUUCCGCAUCCCGGCGCCCGUGUGGGAGGAACGAUCCAACGACACACCCGACCCUAACGCUCAAUGGCGGCCUCAACUCUUCAUACCGCAGCCGAGGUAUACUCAGGUAGUCUACUCUCCGAAGCCUCUAAACAACGCGCAAAGAUUCGUCAACUCGUAUAUACCGAUACGUCAACCCGUACAAGCCCAACCAAUUCAACCUCAGGCCUACUUCACACCUUCUCAGGUCUUGAGUUCACAAAGUCUACCUGGCUUCGGUCUGAGAUACUUCCUACCUACGUACAACCCUGAUGACAAGCCUAAACAAGUUAAGCAAGAAGACGCUAAAUUGAACGCAAUCGAUGCAAAUAAUCUAAAUGACAGAAGAGACUCAUCCAACGAUCUACAAUGGCAGUUCGAGAAGGAUUUAGCUAAGAGGAACACAAGAAACACGCAAGAGGCAGCGGUUCCCUACGUCUACCAGUUCCCAGCGCACGUGUCUCGGCAUCAGUAAUAAACUAAUCGUAGCAAUAAGUUAAACAGUAUCAUCGCAGUUCUAUUGAA